AUGGCAGCGGCAGUACAGAAUCCGCCGUCGCGGACAGACUGGGCGGAGGACGAAGACGACAGCGGCCUCGCGCCCUCGCUUCCGGAACCACAGAUCACCAAGAACAAAGACGGCACGGAAACGGUUGUCACCAUUUUCAUCAACGAGGAGGGCAAGAAGGUGAAGAGGACACAGCGCAUCCGACGGACGGUUGUCAAGAAGAAGGAAAAUCCGCGCGUUGCGGAGCGUCGACAAUGGUCCAAGAUGGGCACCGAGGCUGGCAAGCCUGCUGGACCGCGCCCCGAUACGACGACCCUUGGUGAGAACAUCGUAUUUCGACCUCAGGCGGGCUUCAAGCCGGGCGGACAACAAGAGACGAAGCCAGAGGAGGACAAGAAGACGGAACAGCUCAAGAAGAUGCAGAUCAAGUGUCGUAUUUGCAGCGGAGACCAUUUCACGACCAAGUGUCCGUUCAAGGACACCAUGGCCCCCGAGGGCGCAGAUGCUGGCCCGCCGGCGGACAUGGACGAGCGUAUGGGCGGUGGAGCUGCAGAGGGUGGUCUUGGAGCUGGUGGCAGCAGCUAUGUCCCACCUCACAUGCGCAAGGGCGCAGCUGGCGCCACUGGAGAGCGUAUGGGCGGCAAGUACGAGCGCGACGACCUUGCGACGCUCAGAGUCACGAACGUAAGUGCAUACACUCUCUUACAAUCCUACGACGUGUUGCUUAUAUUCUUUUCUACAGGUUUCCGAGUUCGCAGAAGAAGGAGAUCUCCGCGAGAUCUUCGAGCGCUUCGGCCGCGUCACCCGUGUCUUCCUCGCAAAGGACCGAGAGACCGGCAGAGCCAAGGGUUUCGCUUUUGUAUCAUAUGCAGACCGUGCUGAUGCUGCAAACGCAUGCGAGAAGGUCGAUGGUUAUGGUUUCGGUCAUUUGAUUUUGCGCGUGGAGUUUGCCAAGAAGAGCACGACUUAG